AUGUCCGCCGGAUCCGCAGCCACCGACCAGGGCCGCACGCCUUCAACACCCUCCUCGCCACACAUGCGGCUGGACGCGACGACAUCUACCUCUCCGACUGUCACAACGGUGACGAGUGGAAGCGCUGGUGCGGCCACGGUGGCCGAGUCCACCGGUGACGCGCAGCCAUACAUCGCAGGGGACGAGGUCUCGCCUACAUUUGCCGCACAGGCCAUCUUCUCUGUCAAGGACGGCUCCGACCUUGGAGGCAUUCGGCGGCCCAGUCGCCGACGCACUGGCCCCCUUUCUGCGUCACAAAGAGAAAAGGCGGCCUUGAUCCGCAAGCUUGGUGCCUGCAUCGACUGCCGGCGCCGACGAGUUGCUUGCCACCCGAAUCAUCACAACAUGACCUGGGAAGACGCGGUACGAAAGUACAAAUCGCACAGCCCGACGCAAGAAUACAGUCCCCUGGCUGGCCGACCCAUCAGUCCGGCACGAGGUGGCCGAGUGUCCUUUGGGCAGUCUGACGCGCAAGACAUGGAGAUCGACACCACGCCAACCCCAACGACACCGCACCGAAUGGCCGAACAGCAGCACCAGUCGCCACCACAGUCACAAUUGCCACAGCAGCGAAACGUACAGCACCAGCCACCGCAUUCUCGCACCCUUCUCCAGGCACAAGCAAAGCCGCAUCCCAUCCCAUUACCGCCGCCCAUUUCGCGCCGGCUGUCUGUCGGAACCGAGGCACGCCUACGAACCCCACUGCCUUCGGGUCCGUCAGGUCGCAGUCUCGAGAAGCUCGCUUCGGCCGCUCUGCCGGGUAUCGAGAGCCUCUCGGGUGAUCUCCAAAACGCCGCAGCACGCAUUAUCAACAGCACGAACCCCAGCCGCACACGCUACGAUGCUGUUCAAGUCAUGAUCCUGGUGUGGUCGAACGACACCGAUUAUGAGGUCCGGGACGCCAUUGACGACUUGGCGGAACUGUUCGAAAAGAAAUACAAUUAUUCGGUGGACAUCAAAGCGAUUCCCGUGGGGGCACAGAGCCCGUACCGCUGGCUUUUGCACACUGCGUCACAAUUUAUAAACAACCGCGACUCGCGCGAUACGCUCAAGAUUGUCUACUAUGUCGGUCACACGUACCUGGAUGUAGAGCUUUCGACUCAGACGACGACCAUCCGCUGGAGCGGUAUCCAACAAGUUCUCGAGGACGCAACGUCGGACACGUUGAUGAUUAUGGACGCAGCCUUCUAUCCCUGCUCUAAAAUGGCACGGCGAGAAGGCGUCUUUGAACUGGUUGCCGCUUCUGCUGGCGAAGAUCCAAAACGGGCGCUCGGACGUGUCGCCUUUACACGUGCACUCAUCGACGAACUCAGCACACGCCUCAAUCAAAAGUUUCGCGGCCCCCUGUCUGCUUUCUCAGCUGCAGAACUCCACGUACGGCUCAUGUCAAACUACCCACGGAUCAUUGAGGACCGAAACCCCGACAAGGAGCGUCUCACGAGCUUCCCUGCACCGCUCCACAUCCUAAUCACGUCGGAUGCUCGGCUUCCGUCAAUUCUCUUGGCGCCUUCGCGAAAGCCGCUACCAACGAGCCCUGAAGCAACAACACCGGGGACACAGUUGAACCUCACGCUCCGACUCGUCGAUGGCGCGGUCGACAAGCCCGGUUGGAUCGAGUGGAUGCGGCUGUUGCCUGAAGGCGUGCGGGAAGUCAAGUGCGAAAGUCCGUACCGCAACGCGUUCCGAUAA